UAGUGGUCCACAGGGUCGGCGAUCGAACAUGAUGGUGCCCACCACGUGGUGUGCCGCAGCAGCGUGAGCAGCAGCACUACCGUCACCACAAUAAAAACCGUGUUUGGUAACGAAACGAUAACGCUGGCUCGUUCGAUUAGCAAUAAUAUCACAAGAUUUAUUAUUCGUAUGUAUAUUAUUUUAUUUUUCUCCCCUCGGCGCCCACGACAAUUGUAAUAAUUUACAAUAAUUGUAACGAUCUUGCAACGAGUGGUACAUAAUAAUCAUACACGUACAUAGGUAAUUGUCACGAUCGUCGUCGUGAAAAUAACAAAUAUCAUAACAAGACAUCAGAAUAAAUUUCGGUUUUUUAAUUCCGCCGUCCACCAGUGGUCGCGGUCAAACGCAAGCGCGCGCGCGCCCAUACGUACGCACGCACGUAAGGCGGCGUCGGAGGCGGCGGCUGCAGCGGCGGCGUUCGGCUACUCUACGGCGGCGGGCAGCUACACCGGAGGCGACCUGCCCGCAAACCACACACAGUCCUAAUGGCGCACGACGGCAUUUGCCGGCGGCUCGGCAUCGUCGUUUUGGUGAUCGUGCCGUGUUUGCUGUUGAUGGUCCAAGAAACGCAACAGGCGGCUUGUAGAGGAUGCAGCAAUCCAUUUAAAUGUGACUGUAAAGGAAUUGUUGGAGAACCUGGUGAUAAGGGUAUUUUUGGACUACAAGGUUCAGAAGGAGCCCCAGGAGAAACAGGUCCGGAUGGUCCACCAGGAACAAAAGGAGAAAAAGGAUCUAUUGGAGAACGGGGAGAUCUUGGUUUAAAAGGAUAUCGAGGUGAAAAUGGUUUACCUGGCUCCCGUGGAAUUGAUGGCGAUAAAGGUUAUCCGGGUGUAGUCGGACCACCAGGACUGAAAGGAUUAGAGGGAUGUAAUGGAACGGAUGGUCAUGACGGACUUCCGGGCGAAGACGGAGUUCCUGGUGAGCGAGGUCUCAUAGGACUUGAUGGUCUACAGGGAUUACGAGGUGAUCCUGGGGAUGGAGGUGCAAACAGUAAAGGCCUGAAGGGCGAAAGAGGUGAAUCAAGUUCGCCAGGAGAAAAAGGCCAACCAGGAUAUCCAGGAAUCGAAGGUGUACAAGGUGAUAUUGGUAUGCCAGGAGUACAAGGACCUACUGGUGAUCCUGGAUAUGAUGGACUGAAGGGUGAUGAUGGUGACUCCCAACCAGGGCUUAAAGGUAAUAUUGGAGAUGAUGGAGAUCGAGGAGAACCAGGACUCCCAAGUACAAUAUCUGAAAAUGAAAAAAAUUUGGAUCCUCUUCCGGAUUCUACUGCAUACAAAGGGCUUCCAGGAGAUCGUGGUCCAAGAGGAGAAAACGGAAUACCUGGUCCCAAAGGUGAAAUUGGCACUAAAGGUCUAAAGGGUCGCCCUGGAUAUGAUGGAUUCAAAGGAAUAAAAGGUGCACAAGGUAAUGUAGGUCAAAGAGGAAAAGAUGGAAAUGUUGGUCAAUUUGGUCCAAGUGGCAUGAAAGGCGAUAAAGGAGCUCCAGGAUACUCAGGAUUAGCAGGCGAAGAUGGACUUAAAGGUGAAAUUGGUGAACCUGGACGUGUAGGAAUUCCUGGAGUGCAAGGUGGUGAAGGAGAACCAGGCAUAUAUGAUCCUAAUUUAGAUGAAAUUAGGAAUGGUUCUGAAGGACCUCAAGGACCAGUUGGUCCUGAAGGUCCCAGAGGAGAAGAUGGAUUACCAGGAAGGAUUGRUCAACCAGGAAUUGUAGGACCACCUGGUGAACCAGGACCACCAGGUAUUCCUGGAUCAAGAGGUCCAAAAGGAUUAUCUGUAAAAGGAGAACCAGGAGUUGAAGGUUUGGCUGGACCACGGGGAGAACAAGGACCUCUAGGAGUUCCAGGACCUGUUGGCCCAAUUGGUGAAAAAGGAAUUCAUGGUGUAACUGUGUUUGGGCCCCCUGGUGAAGAUGGCCGCAUGGGUCGUGAUGGUUCUCAAGGACCUAAAGGAGACCAGGGUGAUCAAGGAUUUAAAGGACCAAAAGGUUUCCCCGCAACACGACCAGGAGAACGAAUUGUUGGUCCACGUGGAGCUCCCGGUAUCCCAGGAUCUUCUGGUAUACCUGGAAUGCCCGGUUUUCCUGGAUUUCCUGGUAGAGAUGGAUUAAAAGGACUUCCGGGAGAUGAUUGUGGCUACUGCAGUCCAGGCAUUGAUGGACCGAAAGGUGAUGUUGGAGUUGAUGGACAAAAUGGUGCACCAGGAGCUCCAGGACUUGCUGGUUUAAAUGGAUUACGAGGAGUUAAAGGAAAGAUGGGUGCACCUGGAUUACCAGGUUAUAAAGGAUCAUCUGGAAGACCUGGGUCAACAGGACUGGCUGGAUUACCUGGAAUGCAAGGAGAGAGAGGAACACUUAUAUACGAAGAUUCUAAUACAGAAUUAAUACCAGGUGAAAAAGGUCCAAAAGGAUUCCCAGGCAGAGAAGGCGAUAUGGGUUCAAUAGGCUUGCCUGGACUGCCUGGAUUACCUGGCCGUAUGGGUAGAAAAGGAAUGAAGGGACAUUAUGGAGAUUCAGGAUUACCAGGUACCGAUGGUCGUCCUGGAGAGCAUGGUAGAACUGGAUUAAAAGGAGACCCUGCUGAUGAAUUAAAUCCUGAAAACUUAAAAGGAAACGAAGGGUAUCCUGGUAUUUCUGGAACUAAAGGUGAACAUGGUAAUCCAGGUGCUGAUGGUGAACCUGGUGAUAGCAGUCAAUAUACCGCUACUAAUAUAGGAGAAAGAGGCAUUAAAGGCAUACCUGGUGAAAAAGGUCAACCUGGAAGUAAAGGACAGAAAGGAGUAGAAGGAGAUCAAGGUUUUGUUGGAUUUGCUGGCGCAGCUGGUCCUCCUGGUAUAGUAACUGAAGGUCCUCCCGGGUUAAAAGGAUAUCCUGGUACUAUGGGCGAUCAAGGAUUAAAAGGAGAAGAAGGAACUCCAGGAAAACCAGGUCCUAUUGGAUUACCAGGUCCACCAACUCAAAAAGGAGAUCGUGGAGAACCAGGUCAAAGCAUAUUAGUUGGAGAAAUUGGUGAUCGUGGUAUUAAAGGAGAAAAGGGUGAACCUGGAGAAGAAGGAAUUGAAGGCAAUAGAGGUUAUCCUGGUUUAGAUGCAGAAGUUGGGCCAAAGGGUCAAAAAGGCAGUCCUGGGAUUAUAGGCCUAGCUGGAAGACCGGGUAUAAAAGGCGAACGAGGAAUAUCAAUUAGAGGACCUCCUGGAUUACCUGGAGCACCAGGAUUAGCUGGUUUAUCAAUUGGUUUCGGUUCAGUGGGCCCAAAAGGAAUUGAUGGUGAACCUGGUUUAAAUGGAACUAAAGGCUUAAAAGGAGAAUGGGGAUUAGUUGGACUCAGAGGAAUAGAUGGUGAUCGGGGUCCGGAAGGUAAACAAGGAAGAAAUGGACAAAUGGGAAAACUAGGUGAUACUGGUCCAACUGGUGAUACUGGCGAUAAUGGAAUUCCAGGACUUAAAGGUUUUGAUGGAAGACCAGGUAUUUUUGGUCAAAUCGGUGAAAAAGGAAGCCGUGGAGAUUUUGGUAUGGAAGGAGCACCUGGAUUAAGAGGACAAAUAGGUGAAAAGGGACUCACAGGAAACCAAGGACUUCCUGGACUUCCUGGUAUAAGGGGGGAUUAUUCGUUUAGUGGCCCGAAAGGAGAAAAUGGUGCUACAGGAAGAGUUGGUGAUAUUGGCCCUACUGGUUAUCCUGGAUUGGAUGGCCAAAAGGGUAUGCGAGGUGACAACGGAACAACAGAAAUUGGAUUAACCGGUGAAAAGGGUUCUAAAGGAGAACCUGGAAUUGAUGGCAAACCUGGACAAUCAGGACGAAAGGGUUUAAUGGGAGAUCUAGGUAUGGUGGGAGAUAAAGGUAUUAUUGGAGAUGAAGGUCCAAAAGGUUACCCAGGAUUAAAAGGGCGAUCCGCUAUUCCAGGAUUAAAGGGACCUCCCGGAUCACCUGGUGUACCUGGUGUACCAGGUAAUAAAGGUCAACGUGGAUUAGAUGGCAUGCCUGGUGAAAUCGCAAAACCAGGAUUGCCUGGAGAUCCUGGAUACAGAGGUCCUAUUGGUUUUGAAGGUCCAAAAGGAUUCAAAGGACCUUCUGGAGAUCCAGGUUAUGAAGGAUUUAUCAUUGGAACAAAAGGAGAAUCUGGAGACCGAGGUCAUGUGCAUUUAAGAGGUUCUGCAGGUCCACCUGGUUUACCAGGUUUGCAAGGAAUUAAAGGAGACAAAGGUGUAAGGGGUGAUGACGGAGCAAUUGGACUUGUCGGAUUUACAGGAAUAUAUGGAAUUAAAGGAGAACAAGGUGACAUUGGUCCUGAAGGUUUACCAGGUAUCCCUGGCUCUAACCCAGAACAUGGUGAAAAAGGAAGAAGUGGUAUAGACGGCGUUCCUGGAAGCCCUGGAAUUGAUGGACAAAAAGGAGCACCUGGGGAGUAUGGAAAUGAUGGGAUCCCAGGAUACCCUGGACCACGUGGAAUAAGUCCAAAAGGAGAAAAGGGAAAAUCUGGUCCAAGAGGUGUAUCUGUCCAAGGUGAACCUGGAGCUGAAGGUGUUCCAGGAAAGAAUGGAGAACCUGGAAGGCAGGGAUUAAAGGGUGUAAAGGGUGAACCUGGUAUUGCAAUACUUAGCCAAAAGGGAGAACAGGGCAAGGUUGGUCCACCUGGAUUAUUUGGAUUACUAGGGGAGAAAGGUGAAAUUGGAGACACUGGGUUUGAAGGGAUGCCAGGUGUACCCGGUUUAAAAGGAUUACAAGGUUUACCAGGACAACCUGGAAAUUCAGGAUUUAUGGGAAUUCCUGGUUUUAAAGGAAAAAAAGGAGAUAUCGGAGAAUCGCUGUUUUAUAAUGAGACUCAGCUCAGAGGAAUGCCUGGUGAUGAUGGAUAUCCAGGAUUGACAGGCCUGCGUGGACAACCUGGCGAUCCCGGAUACGAUGGACGAAAUGGCUUGCAAGGAGAAAAUGGUGAUGAUGGUUUCCCUGGCUUACCUGGAAAAAAAGGUCUAAAAGGUUUCAAAGGACAAAUGGGAAGACAAGGAAACCAGGGAAAAUAUGGUCCAAGAGGAUAUCCUGGUCGACCUGGAUUGCCUGGUAGUGAUGCUCUGCCAACAAAACCACCGCCACACCAAGGUAAUUUCUUCACAUAUCAUUCUCAAACGGAUAUUAUUCCAGCUUGUCCAAAGAACACUGUUCAACUCUGGUCUGGUUAUUCGCUCUUACAUUUCAUGGGCAAUGCUAAAGCACAUGGACAAGAUUUAGGUGCACCUGGUAGUUGUUUGAGAAAAUUCAAUACUAUGCCAUUCUUAUUCUGUGACGUAAAUGAAGUAUGUAAUUAUGGGAGUAGAAACGAUUACAGUUAUUGGCUAAGUACACCAGAGCCAAUGCCUUUAAUGAUGACACCAAUUCUAGGUUUAGAUAUUUCAAAAUUCAUAUCAAGAUGUUCUGUGUGUGAAGCUCCAACAAAAGUAAUUGCAGUACACAGUCAAUCAAUGGCUAUACCCGAUUGUCCAAAUGGUUGGAGUGAGUUGUGGAUUGGAUACAGUUUUAUCAUGCAUACCGAUUCCGGUGCUGAUGGUGGUGGUCAGUCAUUGGUCAGCCCAGGUUCGUGCUUGGAAGAGUUUAGACCAAGACCAUUUAUUGAAUGCCACGGAAUAGGACGCUGUAACUUCUACACCACUGCUUAUUCGUACUGGUUGUCUACAAUAGAAGAUCGAGAUAUGUUCAGGAAGCCUCGGCCCCAAACACUCAAACAAAACACAUUGCAAACACGUAUCAGCAGAUGCUCAGUGUGUUUGAAAAAUCGAUAUUAAGCUAUAAAUUAAUUUUUACAAAGCUAUCUUUUUUCAUUAUUAAUAUUUCUUUUAUAAAUAUUCAAAUAUCUAUAUUAUAUUAUUCAUAAAAUUGAUGUGUUCUGUUAGGCGAAAAGUCAUUAAUAUUUUUAUUUAUUUAAGUAUACCUAUAAUAUAACAUUAUUUUUAUUAAUUAUACCAAUGUGA